UUGCUUUGGAAUUUGUAUUUUAAAUAUCAAUUUAUAUGUGUAUAAAUUGAUAUUUAUAAGAUGACAAACUUAAAGAAUAUUAUGCCUCCCAAUAUGUACGAUGUUAUCGAAGGAGCAGGAAUCUGUACUGUAAAAGAAAUAAUAAAUCUUUCCACAUGGGACAUACAAAAAUUAACAAAUAUGAAAGAAGAAGACAUAAACUUUCUCAAAAAUUUAGUUGCUAGAUAUUAUUGUCCUAAAAUUAUAACAGCUGAAAAAUUAGAGAAAUACAGUCACAUUAAAACAGGAUGCUCAGGCUUCGAUGAUAUAUUAAAUGGUGGAUUUCGAGUUGGCACACUGAGUGAAAUAUAUGGUGAAAGUGGUGCAGGCAAAACACAAUUAGCAUUGCAAAUAGCAGCACAAUGUGGAAAAGAUGGAUCUAUAUACAUUUGUACUGAAGACGCAUUUCCCGUAAAACGUUUUAAUCAACUACUAGAAUAUCACAGUCAUCAGGCAUCUUGUAGUGAAUAUCGAGAAAAAAUAUUUAUUGAGCACAUAACAGAGAGUCAGGAUCUUUUAUCAUGUGUCCGCGUACGAUUACCAAAAUUAUUAGAACAAAAAAAAGUUUCAGUCAUAAUCGUCGAUUCUAUAGCAGCACCUUUUCGAGUAGAUAUUACUAAUUAUGUUCACCGAGCAGAGGAGUUAAGAGAACUAGGUAUAUUAUUAAUAAAUAUCGCACAAAAGUAUGGUCUAGCAGUCAUUGGCAUAAAUCAGGUUACAACUUCUUUUGACGAAUUCGAUAAUGUCUUACCCUCUUUAGGGCUUGCAUGGUCCAACAUAAUAACGUAUAGAUGCAUGUUAAAACGAAAGGGGGUAGAGGUUAACAUAAAUAAUUGUAGUAAUAAUGUUCGUGAAUUGAUUGUUAUAUUUGGUCCUGAUUUACAGAACAAAACUUGUAAAUUUAUUAUUGAUUCUAGCGGCAUUAUAGCUAUAUAA